AUGGCAGGCCGUCGCACCAUCCACGUUUGUGGCCUCGCCAGUCUCUUCGUGCUGUUGAUCGUCACGGGUUCGUUAUCCUUCGCACCGGGCGCCAACAGCGCUGCAAAAUGGGCUAUCGGCGUGAUGUUGAUUAUCUUUACCUUUUGCUACGACAUCACCGUCGGUCCGGUCACAUACUCAUUGGUCUCGGAGCUCUCUUCGACCCGGCUCAAAGCCAAGACCAUUGUGCUUGCCCGCGCUCUGUACAAUGUCAGCAACAUUGUUGUUAACGUGCUGACCAACUACCAGCUGAGCUCCGUUGCGUGGAACUGGGGCGCCCGUAGUGCAUUCUUCUGGGCUGGUACAUGUCUUGUGAGUUUGAUCUGGGCGUUUUUCCGUCUGCCCGAGCCCAAGGGGCGGACUUAUGGGGAGCUUGAUCUGCUGUUUGAGCGGGGUGUGUCAGCGCGCAAGUUUGCGACAACUUCGGUUGACCCGUAUGAGGGCGAGGUGACGGAGGUGCGUGAGGACCAUGUCGACAAGGACUGA